UUUAUCAGUAUUGAGAGCAAACACGAGGUCACGAUCCUAGGAGGACUCAACGAAUUUGUUGUGAAGUUUUACGGACCACAAGGAACACCGUAUGAAGGUGGAGUAUGGAAAGUUAGAGUCGACCUUCCUGAUAAAUACCCUUUCAAAUCCCCGUCUAUAGGAUUCAUGAAUAAAAUUUUCCAUCCUAACAUCGAUGAAGCGUCAGGAACUGUAUGUCUAGAUGUAAUCAAUCAAACUUGGACGGCUCUCUACGGUGAGUUCUGGCAUCCCCCCGAAAAUCACGCGAAGUAAGAUUUUCACGCGGAAACGCUUCUCGUAACCCGUCUUUAU